CAUGGGAUAAGAAUAAUCUGUAAAAUAUUUAGUAAUAAUAUUAGAAUUUGCCCUCGAAUAACUUGGUUGUUUAAUUACAUAUGCAGAAUUAUGAAAAAUUGACAAAAUUGAUAGAAUAGAAAUUAUCUGAUUAAACAUUUACAAUUGAUAAAAGAAUAAAUCAAGUAUGAAAUAAUGGAUCUUUUAAUUAGAUGGAUGAUACUCUUCUCCACUAUGCAGCUUUUAAAAGAGACAAAAAAUUAGUAUAAUAUUUACUAUCAAAAGGUGCUUCACCUAAUUGCAAAAAUUCGGUAAGUAGAUAUAUUUGAUUUAUAAGAGGAAUCUAACUCCUGGAGAUGUAACAGAUGAUCAAGAAAUAAAAUUAAUGCUAGAAAGUAAAUGAGAAUUUAAUGAAUCACACAAUAAUAAUAUAUAUAAUCAAUCAAAUUAUAAAAUAAUUAUUAAUAAUUAAUAUGAGCGCUAAAAAGAAUACAAAUCAAUUUGAGCAGGAUUCAGAAGAGGAAUAAAUUCAAAAGAAAAUUAAGAAAAAUGAAGAGUAGAAGAAAAGUGAUGAAUAAAAUGAUGAGGAAUUUGAAGUUGACUCAGAAUUACAAGAAGACGAAGAAAUUGAAGAUGAUGGUAAUUAAAACUAAAAUAUUAUAGGUAUCUAAACCUCUUCUCAUUCCAGUAUAGAUAUAUAGGCUUAUUUAUAACAAAGAGAUUAAAUUCCUGAUGAAGAUGAUGAUGAUGAUGAUAAUUAACAGAAACAAAAGAAAUAAACUUAACAAAAAUAAUAAUAACAAAAAGUGUCUAAGAAAUAGUAAGAUGAUGAUGAAAAUGAUGAUGAUGAAGAUGAUGAUGAUGAUAUUGAAGAUGAGGAUGAAGAUGAUUAAGAAUAAGUAGAUGAUGAUGAUGAAGAUGAUGAUGAAAAUGAUCAACCACCUUAAAAGAAAUAAAAAGUUUAACAAUAAUAAUAACCAUAAAAAAAAUAAAGAUGAU